GGCCUUCCGUGUUGUAUAAACUAUAUAAAAUAGCAGGAAAAAGUCAAUGAACAACUCAGUGUAUUGCCACAUUCUAAAACUACCGUGAACUCGUUCUGUGUUAUAUAGACAGAAAAAUGGCCACAAACAUCCCUUCGAUUAAUGAUUUGGUACAACAAGCUUCUAGUGCUUAUAAAACACAAUUUGGAUGCGAACCCGAAGUAGCUGGUCGAGCACCAGGUAGAGUUAAUUUGAUAGGUGAACACACGGAUUACAAUGAAGGCUUUGUGUUUCCUAUGGCGUUGCCAAUGGUAACAGUUGUAGUCGGCAGCAAAGUUGAAGGAGAUAGUUGUCAAGUUUUAACACUGUCACCAUAUCUAAAUGAUGAAAAACUAGCAAAUUUUAAUAUCCCUUCUAAGAACGAUACACUCAAGCCUGGUUCGCCGAAAUGGGCAAAUUAUGUGAAAGGUGUAGUUGCCAAAUUUAUAGGAACAGUUCCUGCUUUCAAUGCAGUUAUUAUCAGUUCGGUACCCUUGGGUGGAGGCGUUUCCAGCUCGGCCUCUUUAGAGGUGGCAAUGUAUACAUUUCUAGAGGAAUUGGCCGGGCAGCGCACAGACAAUCCUGCUAAGAAAGCUAUAGCUUGUCAGAUGGCUGAACAUGAGUUUGCUGGUAUGCCUUGUGGAAUUAUGGAUCAGUAUAUAUCAGUAAUGGGAAAGAUUGGCCAUGCUCUUCUCAUAGAUUGUAGGUCUGUAGAGGGUAGACUUGUCCCUCUUACAAAUCCAGAAGUCGCCAUACUCAUCACAAAUUCGAACGUGAAACACGAACUUACUGGAAGUGAAUAUCCUACGCGACGAAAACAAUGUGAAACUACUGCACAAUUAAUGGGAAAGAAGAGUCUACGUGAUGCGACUUUAAAAGAUCUUGAAGGUUUUAAAGAUAAAUUGGAUGCUGAAACUUAUAGAAGAAUUCGUCACGUAAUAACCGAGAUCUCAAGAACAGAUGAGGCGGCGACUGCACUGGAAAACAACGAUUAUAAAACAUUUGGUCAACUCAUGAUACAGAGUCACAAUUCUUUAAGAGAUGAUUAUGAAGUAUCGUGUCCAGAGUUGGAUCAAUUGGUCGAGGCAGCUAUAGAUGUAGAAGGGGUUUAUGGUUCGAGAAUGACAGGUGGUGGAUUUGGUGGAUGUACUGUUACCCUGUUAAAACAGGAUGCUAUCAAUAAAGCCAUCGAUCAUAUACAGUCUCGGUACAAAGGAAAGGCCACAUUCUUUGUUUGUGGUCCAUCAGAUGGGGCUAUGCCGAUUAAAUUAUAGAAUUGUUGAUGCUGAAGAAAUGUUGGUAGUUAACUAUAGAUACAUAUUAUUCAGUGUGGUACUUGUUACAGGGUUGUGUUUAUCUGCUGUAACGGUGGGUAUAGAAUUCCGAAUUGGGUCAGAAAAGACCUAAAAACCGAGACUUAAAUCCCGCCAAAGGCUGUGCAUAAAUACGGGAUUAACAACGAAUUAAUAGUUUUGAAAGCAAAUUUUGUUUUUCGUAUAGUACAGUGAUUUAAGUUUGGUUAAUGAAUAACAUUUUGACAAUCAAUUGAUGUAAUUUAAGUAAUAAUUAGUAUAUUAUCAACAUCAACAUUGAACAGUGUCAUCGAUAUCCAGAUCUAAUUUGAUGGGAUUGAGCAGGGGAAAAUCUAUACAUUCUGAAAACGAGGGUCUUACAACACCGGGAUUUGGAAAGGGGCAACAUGCCGUGAAUACAGAUUCUCGAAGUCUGAUCUCUAAGGCAGUCUAGGGGAAUGGGAUUUGGAGCCUACAUGAAAUGUUGGUAAAUUACUUUGAACUGGUCAUAUUUUGUUCCAAAUUAAUGGGCAUGGUGUGCUAUUUUGUCACUGACAAUAAAUAAAUAAUUAUUCUUAUUUAAUAAAAUCUGUGGACAGCCUUUGGCGCCACUUUAGUCUCGAUAUUUAGGUCUUUUCUGACUCAAAUCGGACAAUUCGGAGAUUCGGAAUUUUAAACCCACCGCUGCUGAAAUCCGGUGUUGAUGACUUCCGUAAACCAAUGUAGAGACACCGUUUCAAAGGUUUAUACAAAUAAAAAUAUAUAUUUU